AAAAUGUAUCACCAAAUAAACACAUCUAUUUUAAAUUAAAGUGCAUUUUAGCAUAAAUUCGCAUAUAAAGUAGUAUCAGAAAUAUAUAGUAUCUAGUGUACCUCAUCGCCUGCUGAAGAUAAAAAUUUUCCCAGAAGCUUUGAUAUUAACAAUGUUCAUAAAAUCUUUCGGAGUGGUGCUACUGUUGGCCCACUUCAGUAAUUGUGGAUCCACCUCCUCACUCCCUACCCUUUCGUCCAAAAUCAAACGCCAGAGCACCCACGACUUUCCUCCUUGCCUCACAACCUACGGCAAACACGGCCGGUGUAAACCCCUUGAAAUGUGCUAUGCUUUCAACGCCUACGUUAACGACGACCGGCGCGUCUUAGUCCUUUUUCUCCUGCAUUCGCAAUGCGGAUUCCGAUAUGGAAAUCCUAAAGUUUGCUGCCCGGUGACCGCUAGAGACUCCGAGCCAGAAGUAACUUCCCCAUUUGUCAAAACCGACCUACUUCCUAGCUUGGAAGAGUGCGGAAUUAGCAGCUUUCGCGAGACAUAUGACGGCGAAGAAACCAGACUUGGCGAAUUUCCAUGGAUGGUGGCAUUGGAGUACUCGAAGUAUGAUGAAAGAUCCAAGGAGAUGGUUCCAGAUAUUCAAUGUGCGGGCGUUUUGAUUAGCAAAAGAUACGUUUUGACUGCAGCGCAAUGCGUUAAAGAGGGAUUAGAGAGAGUGCGAUUAGGAGAAUACAAACUCAACACUAACCCAGACUGCGACGGCCUUGGUGUGUGUGCUCCGAAGUAUCUCAGUGUGGACAUACAAGAAUCUGUGAUCUUCAAAACGUACAAAAAACAUGGGUACCAUGAUAUAGCUCUGCUAUAUUUAAAAGAGGAAGUCAAGUUUUCUGAUUUCAUUAAACCUGUGUGUCUACCAACAACCGUAGAAGAACUGUAUAGGUCAUACGUUGGACAAAAAGUCACGGUGGCAGGUUGGGGCCGGACAGGAAUAAAUUAUUAUAAUGACGAAAGUCUUCUCAAAGCUGAAGUCCCUGUCGUCAACGCUAGUAAAUAUUUUGGCGCCGAUAUGGCAAUGGUAUUUGCUGGAGGAGAAGAAGGAAAAGGUCCUUGUGAUGGUUUUAGUGGUGCGCCUUUGAUGAUCAAACGACAUGUGAUGGGAGAAGCGCGGUGGUACGCUAUAGGUGUGAUGUCUUUUGAGCCAAUUCCAUGUGUCCAGGCGGACCAACCAAGUGCUUACACUCGUAUUUCAAAGUAUAUGACGUGGAUUGAGGACAACAUCAGUUCUCGGAAAUAUGGAAUUUAUUACUCUUAAAAAAAUUUAAAUAGCUUUUUAAGAACCCUGUAUAAACCUAUUAGAAAUAAAAAUUUAAAACA